AUGAGCUCCGUUUCCGCCGACCGCUCCCCGAGCGGUCUGCCGGAGCAGACAUCCACGACCACCAAGGCCCUACGACAGCUGCCAGAGCACCAUGACUCUUAUUCUUCGGUCUCGUCUUCCAAUCUGGUCGCCUCCGACGACUCCCCGUCAAACUACGCGUCCUCUUCGAGCUCCGAUAGCGAUGAGCUGCCACCGCAACCGGCCGACCCUGCCGACGAGGAUGCCGCCAGCAACAUCGUGGGUGUGAGCAUCGGUCGUGCCCAGAGCCGCAUAAAGGCCCAUGCAACUCCAGCCGAGGAAAAGAAUAGAGUACUGGAGAGCAAUGGCGGGUACUUUGCCGAAGUACCGGAUAUCGUGAGCGACGACGGCCUGUUUGUGUCGGGUCUUACAGCCGAGCCAGACUCCGUGGAGUCCGCUUCGGACGCGGCAGCAGUAGCAGCAGUGCAAAGCAGAGCUCCGACGACAUAUCCGUCUGCAAAAGUUCCCGGGGAGCGUCAGUCUCCUGUACCCGAUGCCAAAGAUGCUGCAGCUCUCAACCAACGGUCGAGUUUCACCCGGUCCCUGCUCACGCUGCCGCGACGGCCGCGUGCAUGGUCUGGCGAGCUGAAAAGAUUUCUGCCGGACUUGGGCUCUCUCACGAAACGGCCCUCCCUGCCAUUCCGAACGGGCAAUCAAAUUCGGUCUCGCAGUCGAACACUUGGGAAUCCUAGUAAACUGAGCCCCGGGCUGCAGACGAGGACCUACUCCUUGGAUCGGCGGCUCCCACAAAACCCCUCAUUUGUUGACGGCGAAGAUAAAUAUGAAGGUGAUGACUCCCGGCCCAUCUCGGAGCUACCACCAUUGGAUAGGGCCUCCGCUGCAAAACAUUCGUUCCACCGGCGGCCCAGCGCAGCGAUUCCCGGACGCCCACCGAGCCUGCGGCGGUCAUCGUCCGAUCAGUCGCUGUAUCUCCGGGCGUCGUCGACGGCCUCGUCACUAGAGCAGCGGCCGCUGUAUGAGAAUAUCCACUCGCAAGUAAACAGCCGGUUCAAGGCAAUCAAGGACAGUCUGCAAGACUCGAGCAGCCGCCUGCUAAAUAUGCCGACCUUGCAUCUGCAGGACAUGCGCACUGACUGGAGUACUCGGCCAUUCAUGCCGGAACUGGGAGGCCCGAAGUCGACGGCCACAUUUGGUGAUAACAAUCGAGCACGCGGCAUUGAAACGCCCCCGUCUCCUCCGAAGAAUAUCGCGUCCUCAAUAAAUCCAGUUCUGGAAGAGGCAAUGGCGGAGCUGACGGGUGAUGUGGUCAUUUUGGGUGGCUACCGAGGGUCGGUUCUGCGCUCGGCCAAGCCGCCACACCGGCAGCUCUGGGUACCGAUGAAAGUCGGGCUGAACCUGCGUCGGGUUGACUUGGAGGUCGGCCUAACGGCUGAAGCUGAGGAGCGCAUGGAGGAAACGAUCAUUCCGUCCGGUGUGCUGUCGCAUGUUGGGCCGGUCGACGUGUGUAGGCGACUGAUGAAACGGCUGCGCAAGUGCGAUAAUGCCCUGCGCGGCGACCUGCGCGUCUGGGAUUAUGGAUAUGAUUGGCGACUCAGCCCGGAGCUGCUGUCGCGUAAACUCAUUGCAUUUCUGGAGAACCUGCCGUCCAACCAGCCACCACCCGAAGGUGUUCCUCCCUCGCGACACAGUCGCGGUGCCACAGUCAUUGCCCACAGCCUGGGCGGCCUCAUCACCCGGCAUGCCGUGAACCAGCGGCCGGAAUUGUUUGCGGGUGUGGUGUAUGCUGGCGUGCCCCAGCACUGUGUCAACAUCCUGGGUCCGAUGCGCAACGGUGACGACGUCCUGCUCAGCUCGCGUGUCCUGACAGCUCAGGUCAACUUCACCUUCCGCACGAGCUAUGCUCUUCUACCAGAGGAUGGACAUUGCUUCAUUGACCAGAAUACCAAGGAGGAAUACCGCAUUGACUUCUUCGACGCCCGUACUUGGGACGAGUACCGGCUCUCCCCUUGCAUCGCCCCGGCUCUGCCUCCCACCACCGGCAAGGGCUUCCCUCUGAUCGGGAAGCGGUUCUCUCUCAGCAACCGUGACGAACCAGAAGAUCUUCCGGACAUUCGGCACUCGCAUGCCAUGACCACGACGGACGAGCAUAUCACCGCCCGCAAUCCUCCGCGCACCAUCGCAUCCGAACGCCCAGUCUCGGCCUUAUUUACACCUAACGGCGUCGCAGCGUCUACCUCUGAAAAAACACACCCCUUGCUCUCGGCACCCGUGGAGGGCCUCGUCGGUCCCACUACAAGUCCUCGUGGCAGUGCCGCAACCUCCAAACCUGCUACGACGAGUACUAUCCCCCGCGCUGUGGCUAUCGAGUACCUACAGCGUACCCUUGCAGAAACCAAACGCUUCAAGUCCAACCUAGCCUUCCGACCCGCCCAUCAGUCCGAAAACAGAUAUCCCCCUGCCGCAGUGCUGUACGGGAAGAGCGUACCCACUGUGUACGGGGCUCGCGUCGCUUCGCGUGAUGGCAUCAAGCAUCAGGAUUCGUACGAUGAUCUAGCCUUCGCGGCUGGUGACGGUGUGUGUCUUGCUUCGGCUGCGAUGCUCCCGCCUGGAUAUCGCCUUAUCCGCGAUGGGUUGGUGAAGACUGAUCGGGGUCAUGUCGGACUGCUGGGCGACCUGGAUGGUGUGGGACAGUGCUUGAAGGCGAUUAUAAGGGGGAGAAAAGAAGGCGUCGGGCUGGGGAAGUAA